AUGGGGGGCGGCGGCGGGGGGAACGGCAGCGAGGGCGAGCACUGGCCCUGGCCGCCCUGCGACGAGAGGCUGUGCCUGGCGCUGCCGGUGCGGGCUCUCGUCCCCGUCACGGCCGUCUGCCUGGGGCUCUUCGUGGUCGGCGUGGUGGGCAACGUCCUGACGGUGCUGGUCAUCCACGGCUACCACGAUAUGAAGACCACCACCAACCUCUACCUGGGCAGCAUGGCCGUCUCGGACCUGCUCAUCCUCCUGGGGCUGCCCUUCGACCUCUACCGCCUCUGGCGCUCCCGGCCCUGGAUCUUCGGGCAGCUGCUGUGCCGCCUCUCCCACUACCUCAGCGAGGGCUGCACCUACUGCACCAUCCUCCACAUCACCGCCCUCACCGUGGAGCGAUACCUCGCCAUCUGCUUCCCCCUCAAGGCCAAGGUGGUCGUCACCAAGCGCCGGGUGAAGGCUGUCAUCGGCGUCCUCUGGGCCUUCGCCUUCCUCUCUGCCAGCCCUUUCUUCUUCCUGGUCGGCGUGGAGCAGCCCGACAACCGCACCGACAGCCGGGAGUGCAAGCCCACCCCACAGGCCAUCGAAUCCGGUCUGCUGGCCACCAUGUUCUGGGUUACCACCUCCUACUUCAUCCUGCCCGUCAUCUGCCUCAGCGUCCUCUACGGCUUCAUCGGCCGGGAGCUGUGGCGGAGCAACGCCCGCCUGCGGGGCCCCAACACGGUCCUCCGGGAGAAGGGCCACCGCCAGACCAUCAAGAUCUUGGCUGUGGUGGUUCUGGCCUUUGUAAUUUGCUGGUUGCCUUUCCACAUUGGCAGGAUCAUAUUUAUAAACACCCGGGACACCAGGACGAUGCUGUUCUCCCAGUACUUUAACAUAUUUGCUCUGCAGCUUUUCUACCUGAGCGCGUCCAUCAACCCCAUCCUCUACAACCUCAUUUCGAAGAAGUACAGGGCAGCAGCCUACAAGCUGCUGGUGCCGCGGCGAGCGGCAGGAAGGGCUUUCCCGGUGGCCAAAGAAGCCGGUGGCUACACGGAGACCAGCGGGAGCACGAGGAACGAGUACGCCACCAGCUUCUGAGCCCGCGCCCUGCUCCCUGCCGGGGAAGGGAACUGCCUUGUCACAGGAGGGUCGCAAAAGGCUGGACGUUUGGCAGGGCCUGUGUUAUUCCACAACCAUUUGUAUUCUGAAAUGCUUGUGUUUCUGUGAACGGA